AUGAUGUCUUAUCUUAAGCAACCGCCUUACGCCGUCAAUGGGCUGAGUCUGACCACCUCGGGCAUGGACUUGCUGCACCCUUCAGUGGGCUACCCGGGGCCCUGGGCUUCUUGUCCCGCAGCCACUCCCCGGAAACAGCGCCGGGAAAGGACGACGUUCACCCGGGCGCAGCUAGACGUGCUGGAAGCUCUAUUUGCUAAGACCCGGUACCCAGACAUCUUCAUGCGGGAGGAGGUGGCGCUGAAAAUCAACUUGCCCGAGUCCAGGGUGCAGGUAUGGUUUAAGAAUCGGAGAGCUAAGUGCCGCCAACAACAGCAGCAGCAACAGAAUGGAGGUCAAAACAAAGUGAGACCUGCCAAAAAGAAGACCUCUCCAGCUCGGGAAGUGAGUUCAGAGAGUGGAACAAGUGGCCAAUUCACUCCCCCCUCUAGCACCUCAGUCCCGGCCAUUUCCAGCAGCAGUGCUCCUGUGUCUAUCUGGAGCCCAGCUUCCAUCUCCCCACUGUCAGAUCCCUUGUCCACCUCCUCUUCUUGCAUGCAGAGGUCCUAUCCCAUGACCUAUACUCAGGCUUCAGGUUAUAGUCAAGGAUAUGCUGGCUCAACUUCCUACUUUGGGGGCAUGGACUGUGGAUCUUACUUGACCCCAAUGCAUCACCAGCUUCCUGGACCAGGGGCCACACUCAGCCCCAUGGGUACCAAUGCAGUCACCAGCCAUCUCAAUCAGUCCCCAGCUUCUCUUUCCACCCAGGGAUAUGGCGCUUCAAGCUUGGGUUUUAACUCAACCACUGAUUGCUUGGAUUAUAAGGACCAAACUGCCUCCUGGAAGCUUAACUUCAAUGCUGACUGCUUGGAUUAUAAAGAUCAGACAUCCUCAUGGAAAUUCCAGGUUUUGUGAAGAUCCAUAGAACCUCUUUGUGGGUGAUUUUUAAAUAUACUGGGCUGGACAUUCCAGUUUUAGCCAGGCAUUGGUUAAAAGAGUUAGAUGGGAUGAUGCUCAGACUCAUCUUCUGAUCAAUGUUCCGGGAGGCAUAGAAGGAAAAAUGAAGGGCCUUAGAGGGGCCUACCAACCAGCAACCUGAAAUGGACAAACCAGUCUACUUAAGAUCCUGUCAUAGUUUUAGAUCAUUGGUUUUCCUGAUUUGCAAAGUGAUCAAAAGCAUUCUAGCCAUGUGCAACCAAAC